AUGGUCCGGAUGUCUUCGAACUACCAUCUGUCGCUCCCGUCUCUCGUUAUCCUUUCAUGUGCUGUAGUCGCAGUCGCCGUUCGUCUCCCCGAUACCAUCUCGGAUCUGAUACCAGCAUGUGCGCGAGAAUGCUUCCUCUCAUUCCUCGUCAUGAACUACGGUGCAGGCAACGACGACCAGUUACCUUCGCUUGACUACCUUUGCUCAACCCGUGGAGCCACCGAGUAUACCAUUGGAGAGGGAGCUGCGCAAUGCAUCGCUGCCGAAAAAUCCGUUGGCUAUUGCUCAAAGAAUGAAGCAAGCGGUGAGAGCACUAGUGAAGAGAUCGCAUAG